ACCGACUGAGCUCUCCCGAUCGCUGCCGAUUCCCAGCACGUGCUUAUUGAGUUUGGUGGAAAAGCGUCAGAAUCGAAUUUGUUCGUUUUAACGAAAUUCGUAUCAAAUUUGACAACGAAAUUUGUUUAGUCAGCCAAACUGGGAGACAAUAAGAACAAACCGAUAGAUCUUAUUCUCACUUCAUUAUUCAAAGAUGUCAUCUCCAUCAGCUUCUAAACGUUCUGAACUGUCCAUCAUAUCUAACGAGUUCAUGCCAUCAUGCAUUUGUGGAACAAAUUUACAAUAGUUGGCAAAUAAAAGCAUUUAAUAAAUUCGGAAUUAUUCACAGUUAUAACUGUAACAGGUAUUCUAACCUACCAUGAAUCUAGGAUUUAUGAUUACUAGCUCAAACAAAAAUUAAAUUAACAUACCUAAGGUAACUGGUCACAUUAUUGUUAAGGUUACACCCAGAUUUCAAUUUUUUUAAAUAAAAAAACCACAAAGUAUAACAAAUGUUCACAGGAUCUUGAACAUUUGUGGUGUCAUUCUGAAACAUUUGAAAGCAGUAAAUUGCCCAAGGUCAUGAAAUAUCUGUAAUAUUUGAACGUCAGACAAGGUUAUAAAAUACCUUUUAUAACUUCCUCUUGCAACAUAAUGUGGUAUUACAGAAUCAAGUUCUGGGUUUGCACACCACUUUGAGUACUUUGAGACACUUAGAAAUGAACAUUCUAACACCAAAGCAAUCUGGAGAAUUUAUUUCAAAGUUUGCAAAAAAUGUGUUCAUUUUACCUGAUGGCAUAAAGAAGUUAGCAAAUGAGGUUGCAGAAGGUAUAAAGAACAAACAAAUCUGCAUUGAUGGCUUCUCACAGCAUGAACUACAUCCACAAAAGGCUGACGAGUCUUCUGUUGAUUGGAUAUUUUUUGUUGAUACACUUAAUUUUUGCUUUUGGUCUGCCAAUGAGAAUACAAAAUGGGAAGUGAUAUGGAAUGGCAAAACCCAUACAGGGUAUUUUGCCCUCUGUGCAUCUGUUAGAAGAGCUCUUCAGGAUGGAAUACCUGUGACUGAUCCAAAAUUCUACUCGCAAGUAACUUCUGCAGAGCUUGAUCACAUCUUACGUUCCGAUAACCCUAAUGCAAAAGUGCCCCUGCUGGAAGACCGUGUUACUUGCCUGCAUCAAGUUGGAAAAAUUCUCAUGGAGAAAUAUAUGGGGUCAUUUGUGAUGUGUUUGAAAGAAUGCAACAAUUCAGCCCAGAAUUUGCUGCAACUGAUUGUUCAGGAAUUCCCAUGUUUCAGAGAUGAAGCUGACUUUCAAGGUCACAGAGUGGCAAUUUACAAACGUGCACAGAUACUGAUUGGUGAUAUCUGGGCAUGUUUUCGUGGUGAAGGGCUUGGUCACUUCAGUGACAUUGACACCAUAACUAUGUUUGCUGACUACAGAGUGCCACAAGUUCUGGUUCACUAUGGAGUGCUAAAAUACAGUGACGAGCUGAUGGAAUUACUGAAAUCUGAUAAACUUCUUGAAAAUGGAAGUGAAAAUGAAGUUGAAAUUCGUGGUUGUUCAAUUCAAGCCGUGGACCUAGUUGCAGAUGAAGCUCGAAAGCUACUGAAAUCUCAAGGUCAUUCAGAUCUCAUUGUCAGUUCAAUCCUCAUUGACCAUUUCUUGUGGGACUAUCGUCGCAAGCAUGCAGCGAUGCUAGAGUUAAUUCCGUUCCAUAAGACAAUGAGUAUUUUUUAUUGAAUGAAUUGCAGUGCAAAUGUCAAAUAUGUACAACUGAAUGAAUGUUGCCAGUAUACUGAAGAAUGUAUUUUUAACCUUUUUUUUUUACUGAGAAUCAUGUGGUUUUAUCAGUCCACUUUUCUAAAUACUUAAAUUUUGAAUAGGAUUUUACUAUGUUUUACCGCAUUUGGUGGGGUGGGACCCUUUUCCUUUUGUUACAUUCUGCUAUGUCAGGUGGAGGAAAGGGUUAAAGUAUGUGAAACUUGAGCACAGACAAUGUAUAUAGGACAAUCCCGAUUUAAGGUUUCUCAGUCCAAGAGAUACCCUUAUCCUGUGUUCAUUUUGUUGUGGUCCCAGCUAAAGUCCCGUAAAAAUAAUGUACCAUUUUCCCUGAAUUAGUGUAUCUCAUUUUAGCAUUUUAUUGUGGGUGGGGUGGGGUGGAAGAUCCAUCACUACAUCAAAUCUGUAUCUUGAUUCAGAAUUAUGUUUACCAGAAUGGAAAACUAGUUGUUUUCUCUAUUAUCAGAUUAUAUAAUGAAGGGUAGUCUUCAAUUUGAAUGUGAAAGAUAUACUGUGUAAGAUUUGAAAGAUAUACUGUUUUCUUUUUAACAUUUUCAGCUUUUAUAAGGUUGAUAUUUCUAAGAUGCAGUGAAUUGUAACUUUCAGGGUGCACUCUGCUCUGUCAGCAUAAAGAGAUAGACACUAAUUAAUUAAAAAGCCAGUACUUUCGGCUGUGAUGGUUUUAACGCAAGUACUCUCAAGCUGAUCUAUUUAGCUUGUGGCAUGCAAAGGGUUACUAUAAAAGCCCACACCUGGGGCUCAUACUGUUCCAAUUAAAUUCUAUCCACACAA